CGCUCAGCAAUACUUCUCAUACAGACACUCGUACUAGAACUAUUAAUCCACCAUGGCUGAAGUCCCACCCGCCGUCGCUGUCCCGGCCAAAGCCGCUAAGAAGAAGCCCGCAGCCAAGCCGAAGAAAGCCGGCCCCAGUGUGAGCGACCAGAUUGUUCAAUUCGUGACCGCCUCAAAGGAGCGCAGCGGAGUUUCCCUCUCAUCGCUGAAGAAGUCUCUGGCUGCCGGCGGCUACGACGUGGAGAAGAACAAUAACCGCGUCAAGGUCGCGGUGAAAAAAUUGGUGGCAAACGGAACUCUGCUCCAGGCUACGGGAACCGGAGCGUCUGGUUCUUUCAAGAUCAGCAAGACCGAGGUCAAGAAGCCAGCCGCUAAGAAGGUUGCACUGAAAGUCAAGAAGCCCGCUGCUAAGAAACCCGUCGCCAAGAAAUCCCCGAAGAAGGUGGUGGCCAAGAAGACGGCAGCCGCCAAGAAGUCUCCGGUGAAGGCGAAGAAGCCCGCAGCGGCCAAGAAAACCCUGAUCAAGAAGGCGGCCAAGAGCCCAAAGAAGGCAACGCCCAAGAAGGCCGCCAAGAAGCCCGUCGCCAAGAAGGCACCCGCGGCCAAGAAGGCUGCCCCGAAGAAGGUCGGCAGGCCCAAGGCGGCCAAGAAAGCCCCCGCCAAGAAGUAAACACUACACCCCCAAACCACAAAGGCUCUUUUAAGAGCCACAUACAUCU